AUGCUCAGCGUGAUCGCAGGCUGCGCAGUGUCGAUCCUCUUUCUGCUGUGUGCUUUCCCUGCAUGGCACCUGUUCACAUCUGCUCCGCCCACUCGUCGACCUCUAGACCUUGACGCGAGAAUCGAGCGCCUGGUUCGCUACAACCAACAUCUCCAGCAUGCGUUGGCCCAGGCCACGGAGAGCGCCACUGAGCCGAUUACUGCCGCCGUUCCGAACGACCCUCGCCAGGAUGCAUUCGCCUACGUAUUCUACGCCACCUCGGAUCCGUACGCCUGCUCUGUCCUGGUGAACAUCGAGCGUCUGGAAGUCUUGGAGUCGUCCUUGGCUAUCCACGUCCUGCUCUCCUCGGAUGUGAGCCGCCAGUAUCUCGAAGCAUUCCGACAGGCAGGCGCAACAGUCCAUGUGCGAGACCCGCCCCCACUGGCGAAAGAUCUGGGAGGUUACUACAAGGACUGCCUGUUGAAGUUGCUGGCGUUCAAGAUGCAUGUGCUCUCGCCAGGGUUGGAGCGAAUUCUAGUGCUUGAUUCGGAUCAACUGGUGUUGCAGAACAUGGAUGCGUUGUUUGAUGGUCUACCAGAGGUCGACUUGGCAGCGCCACGGGCAUACUGGCUCUCUAAGGACUUCCUGGCUAGUACAUUCAUGAUGGUAUGUCUGUCGGACCGCCUUUGGGACAGCGUGCAGAACGGUCUGGCCAGUAUCGAGUACAACAAGUUUGAUAUGGAUCUCAUCAACGACCUGCUCGGCGACACUGUCAUGAUGCUCAGCGGCAAGUAUGCGACAUUGAAUUCGCACUGGGAAGAUUGGAAUCUGCCGAAAUGGCUCGGAAGCACCAUCAACAUGACAACCGUGGAUGCUGUGAACAAGCUGGUCAGGCCUCAGCUCGUGGUGCACAAAGCGCCGCCCCCGCCACAGGGGACUUUCAACGACAAGCGGGGCACGGUUGAUGGUGCGGCCAUGAAUGCUGCUGUCGACGGGGUACCACAGCCUGACAGAGUGGCGGACUCAAGUCAUGCCAUCGAAGUUGAUGAACCAGCGACAACAGCCUCGGAACCUUUACUUGGUGGUCUGCCAGAUGGCUCCAAUCCCGAAGUCGCUCAACCGCUUCCGUCCGCAAGUCCGCGAUUCCCGACAAAGCAUCCCAUCACGCAGGAGCUGUACCUGCUUUUUGACACUGCAGCAGUCCUUCACUUUUCGGCAGUGGGCAAGCCGUGGAUUCAUACUGAAGAAAGUCUGGCUUGGGCGCACCCUGACGCCCAUCCCUUGUUAGCCAAACAGAUGGAGAUGUGGCGGGAAACCGCUCUGAAGGUCUGUCCGGGCGAGCUGCAGUUCGCGCAGUGA